GGGGUUGCUAAGGGUGAAACUUUUCAUUGACUUUGCUCACUUCGGGCCGGGCAGCGGCAGCGCCGGGUCCGCGCUAGCCUCUCUGCGCCGCUGCAGCCUCCCGCCGGCCCUCCCUGCCGCCCGUCCCCGCCAGCCCACCGACGGGAGACAGCCUGGAAGGGCCGGCAGCCUCCGGGAGUGCACGGAGAAGAUUGUUGGGAUCCUAAUCUUGUCUGUGUGCGUGUUAUUUGUAUCUUUUAAUACACUGCCCUAACUUGCUUGCCGUGAAGGGAGUAUGCAUCUGGAGAUCAAAGUUGCUCUGAACUUCAUCAUCUCAUACCUGUACAACAAGCUUCCCCGGAGGCGGGCAGACCUGUUUGGUGAAGAACUAGAGCGCCUGCUGAAAAAGAAAUAUGAGGGCCACUGGUACCCAGAAAAGCCGUUGAAGGGUUCUGGCUACCGCUGUGUCCACAUUGGGGAGACAGUUGACCCAGUGGUGGAGCUGGCAGCCAAGAGGAGCGGACUGGCUGUGGAGGAUGUGCGGGCCAAUGUGCCUGAAGAACUGAGUGUCUGGAUUGACCCUUUUGAGGUUUCUUACCAGAUUGGUGAGAAGGGGUCUGUCAAGGUCCUGUAUCUGGAUGACAGUGAGGGCUGCAGCGCAGCUGAGCUGGACAAAGAAAUCAAGAGCAGCUUCAACCCAGAUGCCCAGGUGUUUGUUCCCAUUGGUAGCCAGGAUAACUCCCUGUCCAACUCUCCUUCCCCGUCCUUUGGCCAGUCGCCCAGCCCUACCUUCAUCCCCCGCUCUGCCCAGCCCAUCAUCUUCACCACUGCCACCUUUGCUGCCACAAAGUUUGGGUCUACCAAGAUGAAGAAGGGCGGAGGAGCUGGGGGAGGUGGAGGAGGAGCAGGAGCUCAACAGCAGCAAAGGAUGGCCAGGUCACCCACCAACAACCUGCUGAAGCACAAGGGCCUCUCCCUUUCUAUGCAUUCUCUGAACUUCGUCGGGAGCAACGGGAGUCAAGCAUCCCAGUCGCAGCUCUCCCCCAAUGCCAAGGAGUUCGUUUACAGCGGCGGGUCCCCUGGAACCAGCAGCCUUUUCUUUGACGGCGUCGCCAGUGAAAACCAAGCAUCCCAGUUCAGUGCCAGCACCAGCGGCAGCAGCAGCUUUGACAUGCCUCAGGUCUUUGGUGGCAGCACCAACAGCCUCUUCCUGGAGAAGUCGCCCUUCGUGGAAGGACUCAGCUACAACCUGAAUGCCAUGCAGUAUCCCAGCCAGUCGUUCCAGCCUGUGGUCCUGGCCAACUGAACAUGAAGAAGGAGAGUAUUUGAGAAAACAAGAAUUAAACAAAACAAAACAAAAAAAAGUGAAAAGAAAAAAGAAGAGAAACAUGGAAAAAUAGAAAUAUACAAAUCAUAUUUGAAAUCUUAUAAAUACAGCUUCUUGGAAAGAGAGAGAACCUUGGAGUCGUUGGGCUGUGUGGGGCAGCGCUCCUGAAGCACUGUUUUUUUUUUUAACUUGAUUCCCAUGUGUUUUCCUACCCCUUUUACUUCAAUGAGGUUUUGGGGGGUUUUGGCCCAGAGAUGGGAGGAUAAAGUGACCUUUGUUCUCACCAAGAACCUCCUUGGACCCCGAUGUAAAGAUGGCUUUGUCCUGGGCAUUCUUUUGUCCACUGGGCAGCAGGCCACCUUGUUGGGGGCAAGUGAGGAGGAGAGGAUGGGUUCCUUUUUUGUGCAGUUUCAUUGUGUGCUGCUCAAAUGUGCAUAGUUAGGGCUUGCUUGUCUAUGUGAUUAUAGCUGCAUCCCUGUGAACAGCUGAGGUCAGUGAACCCAGUCUCCCUUCAGCCCCUAGGGUUUAGACUGCCAUGCCACUAUUGUGCAAAGCCCUUCAAAACAGGGUGGCAUCAGCAGUGCCAUUGCCAUUUGAAAAGAGAUUCCCCCAGCCAUUUUCCCUUUCCCAUCUCAGCAAAUGAGGAGGAGGGCAGGGCAUUACUACAAGGUAGCUGUAUUCUGCUGUCUUCCCUGCCUGCACUUUGUCUCCUGUGAAAGCUGCAUAAAAUCCCCCCAGCACUUUGUAAGCCCAGAGACUUCACUUCUGAUCCCCCCCCUUCCCCAGGCCUAAAGGGUCCUGCUUGAGGUGCCUCUCCAGCUUGGUCAGAGCCAGUGUCAGUUCAGACAGCCCUGUUAUGUAAACACUAUGCUAGCUGCACCCACUGCUGCCAUAUGGAAAGAGCUAUUGGUCUGCCUGUAUUGGACUUCUGCUUCUGCAGACAGGGUUGUAUGUGCUGCAUCUCCCACUGUGACAAGCUCUUUCCUACCAAUUAGAGCAGCAUCCACAGAUGUUAGUUUGGAGUGGUCUCCAAACAGGUCCUGGCUUCUGAACCCUUAUUCAUAGCUGCAAGUUGACAUUGCUUCUGGAUCUUGUAGGGAGGAAGACUUUUUAUUGAGGAGGCAGCACCACUUUCUGGGAGCAGUGAGAGCCACAUAGCCCAAGCAGCAUCCUUAUCUGCUAGCCUGAAAGCUUGCACUUCUAGUUUUUAAAAAAACCUAACCAAUUCCCCCUCUACUUUCCUUUGGAAAAGUUAAGAGGGGGCAAGUGAUCUGGCACAGUGUCCAGUGUGACCUGAUCAUUCCAGAGACGCACGGGGCAGAGAGGUUCGUUCACUACAGCACAGACUAGCACUCCUGUGACUAAAGGCACUUACUCCAGGACAUGUUUUUUUAGAGUAAGCCUCCUUUUCUUCAUUGUGAGGGUCAGAGCUAAGAAUCUUAGGGCUGGCCACCCUGCACUUCUCUCCACAUAUGAAGUGCUAGAGUGAGGGGUAAUAAAGUAAUGGCCAGCAGUUGUCCAUUUUGGCAUCUGGGAUUCCAGAGCCUGUUCCCGGUGUGUGGAGACCCAUCUCCCCAGAUAAAGCACAGCUAUGCAUUUCAGGGCAGAUUCCAGGGGUACAAGGGCUGUCUGGGGUUGGGGACUUAUAAAGAGGGAAGACCUUCUUCCCCAGAGAUCAGCGUGGAGGCUAGAAAAAAAAAAAAAGGGAAGAGAUUUGAAGCUGCUCAUACUGCUGGCUUUGGACUCCCUUCCAACCCUGUCCCCUCUCCUUUUUUUUUUUUUUUUUUUUUUUUUUAAACUUGUUCUGCUGCCUCCCACUUUUUAGUUUUUAAAUCCAUCUCUGGAGCUCCUGAGAUCUGGUUUUUGAGUUGCUCAUCUUAAAGAUCCAGUUUACUCUUCUUGCUGAUAAUCAGAGAAGCAACAAAAAGAGUUUUUUAACUCCCUUUCAUUCCCCAGUGCCUCCCAAAGCCCUCUCCCCAGCAAAGCUGAGAGUGCCUCAGCUCUCUUGACCUCAUGUCAUGAAUGAGUCUUGACUGGUGUUUUACCCUGUCCUGCCAAGUGGGACUCCACCCUGGUCUCCUUCAGGAGUUUGUCUCUAAAUGUUAACCCCCACUCCCCUGUUGGAUUACUGGAAAGGGUACUCUUGUAAAUCCUAGAACCCGCUUCCAAAGCAGGCUGUUUGCUGACAGUUAGUGAUGACCCACAUUGGCGGGUGGGCAGGUAAGGAGGGAGGAGCCAAGGGCAGCUGUCCCCAAGCAGUCUGUCCCAGCACAACGCAUGAAACCUCAAGGGUUGAAGAUGCAAAGCAAGAACAGGACACUUGGGACCUGCUUAGCUGAUCCUUUUCCUACCAACAUUUCCACUGCCAUUCAGUUCCUCCCCUGUGAGCAAAUUGUGGACUGCCAACCUGUUGCACUGGACUAAAUGCUUUCUCCCUGACACGGGAUCUGCUGGCUUCCUGGUUCAGUAAAAUCUCCUUUGUUGAGUCCACCACCAUCAUCUACCCCAGCAAAAUGCUGCCAUGAGCCACUGCCUGGGUGGGAUUGCAUGCCUUAGUGUAGGAAAGGAGUGGGGAGAUGGAACGUUGCUAGCCACCCGCUGUGUGCGUGAAGCUUUGCUGCUUUGCCCUGUUUUAUGUACUGUAACUGCUUUAAAAAUAGCGCAAGCACGGGGAAGAGAAGGGGAGGGACCAACCUCUUUGUAACUUAAAGGAAAAAAAAUGUGCUUCAGAAGCGUUUCUCCAGCACUGGCAGCAACGGAACAAAUGACCAUUUUGGGUCUUUUUCUAGUCUUGGAUUAGGCGUUCGGCUUCAAUUUUAUUUUUUAAACUCUGCACUAAUUUACCUGGUUUCUUAGGAAGAGAGAGAGAGAGAGAGUUUUUUUUUUUAACUUUUAUUUUUUAUGGGUUUGUGUUCUUUUUGUUGAUGUCCGUUUGUAUUGAAUAAUUUGCUACAUUUGUAAAAUGUAAGAGGUAUAUAUAAUAUAUGUAUAUUUCUAACGUAAAAAAAUGUAAUUUUUCUUUUCAAGAUUUUUUCUUAAAAAGAGGAGAGAAAAAAAAAUAUUUUUUCAGGAAAAAAAACUUUAAAAAAGAAGCAGUGAAAAUUCCUUUCUCCCCCCUCAUCUCCCUCCUUCCCCUCCCCACCCCUUCUGAAGAGCAAAACAACAACUAUGUGAUUGCAUGAAAAGAAAAUGAGUGAACGCAAAGAGGAGAGAAUUUCGGCCAUUCCUUGAUGGAGAGGGUUCCUCUAUUCUGUUUUUUGUUCCUUUAUGAGAAGGGGCCUACUGAGAAGGGGGAUCAGGGGGCUGCUGUUUUUUUCUUUAGCGAAGGAGGAAUACAAUCAGAGUUUUGUAUUCAGAACGUUGUGCAAUAUUUUGGAAUGGGACAUUGGCGUGUCUAGAGAUUUAGUUAAAAACAAAACAAAAAAGGUUGAUCAAAUCUGUACAGUUUCUAUUGUUCCAGAUUUUUUUAAGUUUGUAUUAAAAGCAUGAUAUAAUA